AUGGGACGAGAGAAGAAGAGAAAGCUUAGCCCAGAUGACCCAAUGGGUCAACCCACACCUCAGGGAUUCGGCGUGGGCGAUACCUUGUCCCGCUUGCAAAGCGAUAACCCGAGCAGCGAAGGUCCGAAUGAAAGCCGUGCGUCAAAGAAGCGCAAAAGAGUUGAUGGCGAGAAAGUCAAAUACCCAGACCUUACAUACGCCAAUGGAAAACUACAGGCACCUAUUCGAAUUGCCGAUCUCCAGGGAUUGCUGCUCUAUUGCUUCGCUGAUGGGAUCGCGCCCCAAUGGAUCUCCAUGAAGCAUUCUGGCCAUGUGCGCAAGGUGGUUGUACUGAUGGCACCUGGCCUAGAAAUGGGCAUGUUUGAUGGGACAAUCUCCGUGGAGCGAGAACCAGCCACCGGAGGGCAAGAUACUACACAGGAAGCCAAGUCGGAUCACCUGGGAGCCGAGGAGGAGUCCAAAGACGAACGCGCAGCGGACUACGAGCGAUGGAAACAGGGCCUCCCAUUGCCAGACCGCUCGCAUCGCUUCAACCCUCGAUCUCUCACACGCGAAAACCUCCCCAAACCACUUCAGCCGCUGGCCGACAUGUUUCCUCAUAUCUGGCCUGUCAAGGCACCCGGAGACAACAAAUACAACAAGGUCCACUCGCCACUGCAAGCCAUUCUCAUGUCUUCGCCCCCAAAGACCAAAAGCGAUGACUCCCGUAAGGGCGCGCGGCCCGCAAAAGUCGAGAAAGGCUUCCAACCGAAAAGAACACCAAUCACGGCUUUUGUCACUUCACGCGAGGAUCUCCUGGAAAACGAUUUUAUUCUGCAUCCUGUUUUCUUCACUUCUGAUGACGAAAAGACCUCCCAGGUGGAGGCUCGUCAACGAGGCGGGCAAUCGGCGGAAGAUGGAUGGGUGGAUACUCAAGUUCCAACUUUGGAGUCUGCUCAACCACCUGAUACUGAAAUUGAAAGCGGUAGCGUCACUGUUGGUCGGGACGUCUUUUCACUGGACUGUGAGAUGUGUCUUACCGAGGGGGGUCAGUCCGAACUCGCACGCAUCAGCAUGAUUGGCUGGAAUGGCGAAGUCGUCCUAGAUGAACUGGUGAAACCAGCCCGGCCGGUAAUCGACUACCUGACGCGUUACUCUGGGAUCACCCCAGAAAUGCUGGAACCAGUUACUACGACUCUUGGUGAUAUUCAGCAACGACUCCUGACUCUUCUCACGCCGCGUGCGAUCCUCGUGGGACACUCCCUCAAUUCAGACCUUAACGCACUCAAACUUGUCCAUCCUUUCAUCGUCGACACCAGCAUCAUUUACCCACACCCGCGUGGUCCGCCACUAAAAUGCAGUCUAAAAUGGCUCACCCAGAAAUACCAAAACAAGCAGAUACAGACCGGAAUGGCCGGGCAUGACUCGAUCGAGGAUGCCCGUGCUGUCCUUGAACUUGUGAAGUUGAAGUGCGAGAAAGGCGAGCGAUGGGGCACGAGUGAGGUUUCCAACGAGAGUAUCUUCCGUCGGCUAUCGCGCUCUACUCGACCGAGUCAUGCCCCUCGCCCCGGCGAAGAACGAACAGGGGCUGUGGUUGACUGGGGCAACCCGGAACGUGGAUUUGGUGCCCAGGCGACUGUUUCGAUUGGAUGCCAGGAUGAUGAUGAAGUCGUCAGCGGUGUCUCAGCGGUGAUCAACGGCGACGAGUCCAAUCCCUCUAUCCCACCCAACGGUGUUGACUUUGCCUGGGCUCGCAUUCGUGAUCUCGAAUAUCUUCGUGGUUGGUGCAGCCGUCUCCCCGACCCCAACAACGCCAACGAAUCCACAACCCUUUUCCCUCCUCCUGAACAAACCACCCCAACCACUGGCACUGGCAAUGGAGACUCGAUAGAUCUUCUGCAGCCUGACGUCUUGGCUGAGACUGUCAGCCAGACAGUCUCUAAUAUCUCGCGCAUUUAUGAAUCUCUCCCUCCUUGUACCCUAUUCAUGGUUUAUUCUGGAACGGGCGAUCCACGUGAAGUGGGCCGCUUACAAUCAGUCCACAAGAAGUAUCGCGAGGAGUUCAAGUCUGGCAAGCCAUGGGAUGAGCUGACACACAAAUGGACUGACGUUGAGGAACAGGCUUUGAAGAAGGCCUGUGAGCGUGCCCGUGAAGGUUGCGGUUUCAUGUGUAUCAAAUGA